AUGGAUUCUCUAUUGCAGCGUUACCGGAACGAUCGCCGCAAGCUCCUGGAGUUUCUUAUGUCGUCGGGUUUGGUAAAGGAGCUUCGUUCCCCUUCUGGUUCCUCUACUCCUCUUUCUCCGGCUGAUUUAGAUGCUCUCAGCGCCGAUUAUGUCUUGGAUUGCGUAAAAUCCGGUGGUGUAGUUGAUGUAUUCAAAGCCACGGAGAAAUACAAUUUUGAAUCCUCAUACCCUGUAACGAUACACUCACAGUCUAGAGAUUCCUAUUUUCUUGUAUCGAGUCCAGAUGCAGCAGGUUCUCCUCCUCGCCGUAUGCCUCCCCAACCAGUUAACAUGGAAAAUUCCAGUAACAAUAGCUCAGAUUUGUCAUGCCAUAUUGAUUCUUCUAAUACUCCAACUAGAGACAACUAUAUAUUUAAGGAAGAAACACCUGACAUUAAACCCAUGAAACCUGUCAAAAUCAUUCCUCUUGGCUUGCCUCCCUUGAGAACAGGGUUAUCGGAUGAUGAUUUGCGAGAAGCAGCUUACGAGUUAAUGAUUGCAUCUAUGUUGCUUUCGAGUGUUGAUGCGUAUCCUACUCAGAGAAGAAAGAUAGAAAAAGGCUCAAAGCUUUUGUCAAGUUUGAAGAGAAAGGACAAACCACAGCUACAGCCUCAGGUCUCUAAUGCACAUUCAGAGGUCAUCAACAUGAUCCGUAUCCAGAUGCAGAUUUCAUCAAAGAUGGAUACCUGCAUACGGAGAAAUCUGGUACAGUUGGCUCAAUUGAAGACAGGUGAACAAAUUGAUCUUCCACAGCUAGCAUUGGGGCUUUUGGUUGGAAUAUUCAAAUCAGAUUUUCCUAAUGAAAAACUCUACCUGAAAUGGAAGACUAGACAGGCUAAUCUACUAGAAGAAGCCCUCUGUUUCUCACCUGGUCUGGAGAAAAAUGAACGAGCAACUAUGAGAAAAUGCCUUGCAACGAUUAGAGACUCAAAGGAUUGGGAUGUUGUAAUGUCCUCUUCGCUGCGGAUUGAUGUUCUGUCGUCUAUAAGGCACGUGUCUUUGAAGUUGUCAUCACUACCAGGCCGAUGUGGUAUCGAAGAAGAAACUUAUUAUUGGACUGCUAUCUAUCAUUUGAACAUUAGACUCUAUGAGAAAUUAUUGUUUGGCGUGUUUGAUAUUCUUGAAGAGGGUCAACUCAUAGAGGAUGCCUCAUCAAUGCUUUUCCAUAUGAAAUCAAUUUGGUCGACAUUGGGCAUAACUGAGAAUCUACAUAAUGCAGUAUAUGGAUGGGUUCUUUUUCAACAGUUUGUGUGCACAGGUGAACCUUCUCUUCUAGGGAGCGCAAUUCAGGAGUUGGAGAAAGUUACUUUCACUGAAAAGAGCAAUCGGAAGGAAGAUCUAUAUUUAAGUCAUAUAGUAUGUUCAAGGCAAACCAUUGGAACUGACAUACACUUAGGUCUCGUGAAGGCAAUUUUCGCUUCAGUUAGUGCUUGGUGUGAAGAUCAACUUCAGGACUACCAUCUACACUUUGGUAAGAAACUUCGUGAUUUUGGAAUGCUUGUUAGCUUGGCAUCAACAGUUGGACUUCCUCCAUCUGACUGUACCAGAACUGAGCUUAUCACGCUAGAUACCUUGAGUGAUGAAGUUGGUGAUAAGAUACAAUCCUAUGUUCAGAACUCUAUCAAAGGGGCAUGUGCCAGGGCUGCACAUUUUGCAUAUGUGAAAUCUCAUGGUGAACGCACGCAUGCUCUAGCUCUGCUUGCAAAUGAACUGAGUGUCAUCGCAAAGGCAGAGAUCAAUGAGUUUGCUCCAGUUUUGUCCAAAUGGUUACCCGAAUGUAUGAUGAUCUCGGCCAUGCUGCUGCAUCGGUUUUAUGGAGAAAGACUGAUGCCUUUCCUCGAAGGAGUUUCAUCCCUCUCUGGUGAAGUUAGAAAAGUAGUUCCUGCUGCUUAUAUGUUAGAGGAAGCCUUAAUGCAACUGUAUAAUUGUCAUAGCAAAUCCAAGUUGCACAAACCUUACCUCCACAAGUUGAAGAAUUACGAGAUAGAAAAGGUUGUCAAACCAGUAAUGCUGGAUUGGCUUAUCUCUCAACAUGAUCAUAUCUUGCAAUGGACUAGGCGAGCCUUUGAAAUCGAGGAGUGGGAGCCUGUAUCAGUUCAUCAGAGACAUGCUUCAUCAAUCGUUGAAAUAUUCAGGAUCAUCGAAGAGACUGUGUCUCAGCUAUUUGGUUUACAUCUACCUGUUGAUAUCACACAUCUCCAAGCUCUUCUCUCAUUAAUUUACCAUAGCUUGGAUACUUAUCUUCAGAGAAUUUUCGAUCAACUAGUUGACAAGAAGCUUCUGUACCCGUCACCUCCUCCUCUAACUCGGUUCACAGAUGCUAUUAUGCCAGCAAUGAAGAGGAAGUCGCUCGAGUUUACUGAGCCAGAUAAUAUUAUGGUUAAGAAGUUGGAUGAAUUAACAAUACCGAAACUCUGCAUAAGAUUGAAUACACUCUGCUAUAUCCAGAAACAAAUCAGUGCAACAGAAGAUGGCAUAAGGAAAUCUUUGGCAGUUGUCCGAUCCUCUCUUGAAAAGAGAUCAAAAACUGAGAUUGAUGAAGUUGACGAGAAUUCAAUGACGCAUGGUGAAGCUGUUGAUGAACUCUUUGCUACCACCUAUGACAGCCUCAGGGAGACCAAUGCCAAUUGCAUAACCAAAACCCGUGACCUAAUUGGGGCAAGAGUGAUAUUCUGGGAUCUGAGAGAUAUGUUCCUAGUACAGUUAUACAAUGGCACAGUCGAAGGCGCCCGCUUAGAAAGAUUACUCCCUCACAUUGAUUCUGUCCUUGAUAAAGUAUGCAGUUUGAGUUAUGAGGACUCGCGAGAUAUGGUGGUUUUAAGCAUCUGCCGAUCGGCUUUGGAAGCUUAUGUUCGAGUACUACUUGAUGGAGGGCCAACACGUGCAUUUUCAGAUUCAGACAUCACUCUGAUGGAAGAAGAUCUCAGUAUUUUGAAGGAGUUCUUCAUCGCUGAUGGAGAAGGACUUCCUCGUUCACUUGUUGAGCAAGAAGCAAAACAGGCGAAAGAGAUCCUCGACUUGUACUCCCUUGAGAGCGAAAUGCUAAUUCAGAUGCUGAUGACUGCGAGCGAGCUAAUCAACAUGGGAGUGAGCUCAGAGCAACGGCGCUUGGAGGAUGCACAAACUCUAGUCAGAGUUCUUUGCCACAAGAAAGACCGUAACGCCUCCAAGUUCUUAAAGCGCCAGUACGAGCUUCCUAUGUCAUCAGAGUAUGAAGACGUGACUUCGAAUCUGCCUGCUUUAUCUGAAAUCGUGAGAAGCACAUCCACGCGCUGGAGCACGACGAGCCAGAAUAGUUUCAGCUCCAUCAAGAAGAAGAUUCAAGAAGCUACUUCCGAGAUCCGGAACAACUCAGGAUGGUAG